GUAGCUUCGAACGCCGAGAAAAUUUAUGGGUCUUAUGGUGUUCUGCUCGAUGGCUGCGUUCCCAGUGGCGCUGAAUUGUCACUGAAGAAUCACUUGGGGAGAGGAUUCCUGUCCGGAAAAUGGGUUGGCACCCAGAGUUCAGAAGAGGAUCAAGAUCGAUGCUUUUCAGAGUUGUGGUCUUGUUGGCAGUUCUUGUAGUGAACUCAGAUUGUCUGAGUCUCGAGGGCCAGUUGCUAGUGGAAGUGAAGAACCGAGGCUUAGUCGAUCAGUUCAACCGUUUAUACGAUUGGAACGGUACAGACGAUACGCCUUGUAGUUGGGUAGGCGUAAAAUGCAGCAUUAUCAGCGGUAUCUCAGUGGUAACAUCUCUUGAUUUGAGCUCUAUGAAUCUGUCUGGAACGUUGAGUCCAAGCAUCGGCGGUUUGGUUAACUUGGAAUACCUGAACCUCGCGUAUAACGGAUUGACGGGCGACAUUCCUUUCGAGAUCGGGAAUUGCUCGAAGCUCCAGUUUCUGUUUCUGAACAAUAACCACUUCAGUGGGUCUGUUCAUGUCGGGAUUGGGAGGCUGUCCAGUUUGAGAAGCUUGAACAUUUGUAAUAACAAGUUGUCAGGUCCUUUGCCUGAAGAGAUUGGGAAUCUGUACAACUUGGAGGAGUUUGUGGCUUACUCUAACAACUUGACAGGUCCGUUGCCUCGUUCUAUUGGAAAUCUCAAGAACUUGACGUCUCUACGAGCGGGACAGAACGCGUUUUCGGGCAAUCUCCCUGCUGAAAUCGGUCGAUGCCAUAACCUGAAGUUGCUUGGACUUGCGCAAAACCUCAUCUCGGGAGAGCUGCCAAAGGAAAUCGGGUUGCUCGUGAAACUUCAGGAGGUUAUUCUGUGGCAGAACAAGUUUUCAGGGUUGAUCCCGAAAGAGAUCGGGAACUGUACCGAUAUCGAGAUUCUUGCUCUGUACGAUAACUCGUUUGUCGGGCAGAUACCUGCAGAGAUCGGUAACAUGAAAUCCUUGAAGAAGCUUUACCUGUAUCAAAACGAGUUGAACGGAACCAUCCCGAGGGAGAUCGGUAAUCUAUCAAGAGCUUCAGAGAUCGACUUCUCGGAGAAUUACUUGACGGGUGAGAUACCGAUCGAGCUAAGCAAGAUCAGCGGGUUAAGGCUUCUUUACUUGUUUCAGAAUCAGUUGAGUGGGACCAUACCGAACGAACUUAGCAGCUUGAGGAACUUGGCAAAGCUUGAUCUCUCCAUCAAUUCGCUCACCGGUCCAAUCCCGUCAGGUUUCCAGAACCUUACUUCCAUGCGCCAGCUUCAGCUUUUCCACAACUCCCUCACCGGUAUAAUUCCUCAAAGUCUCGGUUUUUACAGUCCUUUAUGGGUGGUUGAUUUCUCGGAUAACCAGCUUUCGGGGAAGAUACCGCCUUUUCUUUGUCAACAAUCUAAUCUCAUCCUGAUGAAUCUCGGGUCUAACCGCUUUUUCGGAAAUUUGCCGCCCGGUUUAUUGAGCUGCAAAUCUCUGGUUCAGCUUCGUGUCGUCGGGAACAGGCUUACAGGUCAAUUCCCGACAGAGUUGUGUAAGCUCGCUAAUCUUUCGGCUGUAGAGUUGGACCAGAACAGGUUUAAUGGACCAUUUCCUCCUGAGAUUGGUACGUGCAAGAAGUUGCAAAGGCUUCACCUUGCAGCUAACCAGUUUUCAUCUGAGCUGCCCGAAGAAAUCGGUGAUCUUUCUAAUCUGGUGACCUUUAACGUUUCCUCAAACUCUCUUACGGGGCCAAUCCCGUCUGCCAUUGCUAACUGCAAGAUGCUUCAAAGACUUGACCUGAGCCGGAACAGAUUCGUGGGUUCUUUACCUGAUGAGCUCGGAACCCUUCAUCAGCUAGAGAUUCUCAGACUCUCCGAGAAUAGAUUCUCGGGAAAUAUACCGUCUGCCAUGGGAAACCUCACGCAUCUAACCGAGCUUCAGAUGGGAGGGAACUUGUUUUCGGGAAGUAUACCGCCUGAGUUGGGUUUGCUCUCGAGUUUACAGAUAGCAAUGAACCUAAGCUACAACGAUCUCAGCAGCGAAAUACCGCCAGAACUCGGGAAUCUUUAUCUGCUCGAGUUCCUCUUCCUCAACAACAAUCAUCUGAGCGGUGAGAUCCCUGCUACGUUCGAGAAUCUCUCGAGCUUACUCGGAUGCAACUUCUCCUAUAACAACCUUACAGGACCAUUGCCAUCUAUACCUCUCUUCCAAAACAUGACUCCCGACAGCUUCACAGGAAACAGAGGUCUAUGCGGCGGCCAUUUGAGGAGCUGUGACUCAAACCUGUCUUCCCUUACGCUUCCGUCUCUAAAAUCAGAAUCUGCUCGUCGUGGAGGGAUCAUAGUCAUCGUGUCUGGCAUCAUCGGCAGUAUCUCCCUCGUCCUAAUAGCCAUCAUUGUCCAUUUCCUGAGAACAUCAGUGGAAACGGCUCCUUGUCUGCACGACAAAGAACCCUUCUUCCAAGAAUCCGACAUUUACUUUCUCCCGAAGGAGCGAUUCACCGUCCAAGACAUCUUGGACGUGACGAAAGGCUUCGACGAAAGUUACGUCAUAGGCAAAGGUGCUUGUGGAACUGUGUACAAAGCAGUGAUGCCUUCGGGGAAAACGAUAGCGGUGAAAAAGCUUGAAUCCAACAGAGAAGGCAACAACAGCGACAACAGUUUCCGGACAGAGAUCCUCACUCUCGGGAAGAUUCGCCACAGGAACAUCGUUAGGCUCUACGGCUUCUGUUACCAUCAGGGUUCGAACUCGAACCUCCUCCUCUACGAGUUCAUGGCUCGUGGAAGCUUAGGCGAAUUGCUUCAUGGCGGCAAGUCCAGUAACUUGGACUGGCCAACCCGGUUCGGGAUCGCUCUCGGAGCGGCCGAAGGGCUCGCUUACUUGCACCAUGACUGCAAGCCCAGGAUCAUCCAUCGAGACAUCAAGUCCAAUAACAUCCUUCUCGACGAGAACUUCGAAGCUCAUGUCGGAGAUUUCGGGUUGGCCAAAGUCAUCGACAUGCCUCAGUCUAAAUCCGUCUCAGCCGUCGCUGGAUCCUACGGCUACAUCGCUCCCGAGUAUGCAUACACGAUGAAAGUAACGGAGAAAUGCGAUAUCUACAGCUUCGGGGUCGUUCUUCUCGAGCUGUUAACGGGGAAAGUCCCGGUUCAACCUCUGGAUCAAGGCGGCGAUCUCGCGACGUGGGUACGGACCCAAAUCAGGAAUCGUUCCUUGAAGCCGGAGAUUCUCGAUCCCCGGCUGAUGAAGCUAGAGGAGGAUACAAUCAUCGAGCAUAUGAUCACGGUGACGAAAAUCGCCGUUCUAUGCACGAAUCCGUCGCCAUCGGACAGACCCACGAUGAGGGAAGUGGUGCUGAUGCUCAUAGAAUCCGGCGAACGUGCCGGAAAAGUCAUCGUCUCCACCACCUGCUCCGAUAUUCCGCCGCCGUGAGGAGCUUUAACGUUUGCCUCGGAAAAUAUUGAUUUUUUGUACAGAGGAGAAAUAUUUGUACA